GUUACGAUUACAUCGACACGUCAAACGGCGGCACCGUCCCGAAUCCACCGCCUUUGAAUUUCAGCUCCUUCACAGACACAGAUCCAGAUGCUGGAGAGGCAUCCCGGCAUUGGAGUGGGUAUGUUGCUUCAUGCUGCAGUCUGAUGCACGAGGUCAUGGAUAGCGGGGUAGCCGAGCAGGCAAGGCGAGAGCUGGAGGUUGGAGGCGCCCUGACCUGGACAGUUGAUGGAACGUACAAUAUUGGCUAUGACUACACGGCCUUGCUCCUCGUCCAUGUGGUUGGACAUCGGGACUACAGGUCCCACUAUGCAAUUUUCUUGGCGAGUGAUUCGGCCGGAUCCGGUGGCUUCGAACUGGCACGAGUGACGCCGGGCUCGCUGAGCUACACCAUCCCGGACAAUACGGAUCAGCAGGGGAACUUUUGCCUUCUGAUGUAUGGAUACAACACGCACGGUAUAGCCGCGUCGCCAUCUUUCUUCCACUGCUUUGAAGCUGGUGUAACUGCGACCACCACCUCUGCAACUGGGCAUGACCUGGGCAUAGGUAUCGGCAACUUCAACAGCGACAGCGACCCUUACGCCACCAUCAUAUCCGUUGGCUUCACGGAUACCAGUGUGUCCUAUGGCUAUUGGAUUGAUGGUACUGUGACUUGGGUCGCCCAGAACAAUCCUGAUGUCGAGUACUUUCGCAUCGUCAUGGUGCUGCCCUCAGCAUUUGGCAGGAAGCUGCAUACUUUUGCGACAUUCCUGUGCUGUUGCCAGCUGUCUGAGUCCGCAACCAGCUCUGGUGAUGGCGGCGCCAUCAUGGUGGACAACCUUGCAAAGACUGCGACGGACUACGAGAUCGUCAACAGCGAUGCCAGAGGUAUUGUUCGCGGGACAGAUACUGGCGGAGUCUGGGCCAACUACAUCGUGGUGAUGACUUAUGGUUCCUUGGCCUCUGCGGGCAUCCAUAGGGAAAUGGAGUUGCUCGGCCUCAAAAUGCAGGUCAUCGCCAUCACCUCUUCU